AUGGACGGCCACAGGCAGCCUUCGUACCACGGCCACGCCACUCGAACAUCUCUGGGAUCCCAUAAACAGGCUGCUUCGUCCAAUCAGCCUCCUCCAGGUUCGUAUCCGUCGCCACAAGGCCACCAGGGUCCUCAUUCGUCGCAACCAGCGACGCCUCGUAUGCUUAGAAGUGUGUCUAAUCUGAUUAGGGGAUCGAAAGAAAUGGAUCUUCCCAUGGACGGAACGGAGCUGCUGGCGCCAGCACAUGCUCCCAGAGCUCCCGAGAAGGAUCUCUUGCCGCCAGCGACGCUUUCGCCGCCGCCGCUUGUGAAUAAGAAGCAGGGACUGAGUCUGGGCCAGCAACAGCAGCAGCAGCAGCAACAACAACAACAACAACAGCAACACCAUCAGCAUCAUCACCAACAUCAAAGCAGCCAGAAUCAUCAAAGUUCUCGUCUGAAACAACCGUCUGGCCAGCCAGGACAGACCUCCGGCCAGCAACAACCAAACCAGCAGCAGUUCCAUAGAAAAUCUAUUGGUGAUUGGGACUUUAUCAGGACCAUUGGCGCUGGUUCAAUGGGUAAAGUGAAAUUGGCUAGGCAUAACGCUACUGGUGAAAAAUGUGCAGUGAAGAUUGUUCCUAGAGCUGCUAAGUUGUACCAGCGUGCUCAUUCAAACGACCCACCACCAAAUCUGGCCGAAGAAGCCGCUCAGAGACAAAAAGAGUUUGAAAAAGAGGUGGCUAGAGAUAAAAGAACCAUCAGAGAAGGUGCCUUGGGUCGUCUUCUAUUCCACCCUCACAUUUGUCGUCUUUACGAGAUGGUGCCCAUGACAAACCACUAUUAUAUGCUUUUUGAGUAUGUCGAGGGCGGCCAGUUACUAGACUAUAUUGUUUCACAUGGCUCGUUGAGUGAAAAAUACGCCCGGAAAUUUGCCAGAGGCGUGGCUCUGGCUUUGGAUUACUGCCAUAGGAAUAACGUUGUGCAUCGUGAUUUAAAGAUCGAGAAUAUCAUGAUCAACCAGAAAGGUGAUAUCAAAAUCAUCGAUUUUGGCUUAUCCAACUUGUACUCGCCCAAGAGCCUUCUUAAGACUUAUUGUGGGUCGUUGUACUUUGCUGCGCCCGAGUUGUUGAGCGCCAAACCGUAUACUGGGCCUGAAGUUGAUGUUUGGUCCUUUGGUGUUGUUUUGUAUGUUUUGGUAUGCGGAAAAGUGCCGUUCGACGACCCGGUCGUUUCUGUGUUGCAUGAGAAGAUCAAGCGAGGCCAUGUGGAGUAUCCCUCUUUCAUUUCCAAAGAGUGUGUCUCGCUUCUCUCCCGUAUGCUCGUGGUUGAUCCAACGAAAAGAGCAACUUUGCAUGAAGUAAUCCAGCAUCCAUGGAUGAGCAAGGGCUACGAUUUCCCUGUGCCCAGCUACAUCUCUAAAAGGGCUCCAUUGACUUUACCGCUUGAUCCAGAGGUCAUCAAGACUAUUUCUACACUUGAUUUGGGCUCCUCCCAAGCAAUUGUGGAGGAGCUUACCAGUGUAAUUUCGAGCCCAGAGUACCAGAUGGCCGCUGAUAUCUGGUACAAGCAUGCUAAACAGGGCCGUCCAUACGUGCCUGGCCCCAACACUCAUAUGUUGCCUGAUCCUACUGGUGGCUUCAAUCCGCUAGUAUCGAUUUACUACUUGGUCGAUGAGAUGAGAAAACGUAAGAAGGCAAAGGAGGAUGCGUUACGGAACCAAUUGCAGAGUCAGCUUCAGGAAAGCGACUCCAAGGCUCACGACCAGGUCCACCAGCAGAUCAACAUACAGAGGCAACAGCAUAACACUCCUCAGAUGCUCUCUCCUCCAGGCGGGUCACCAGUUCCUCCACAACCUCAGCUUGGUCCUUCUGCCAACAUCCCACGCCGUUCCGCCUCAGAGCAUCACAGUUCUCUGCCACAACCUCCUCCAAAACCUGCACAGCCUGUUCAACAGGUGCCUACAUUACAGUUCCCAGAACAGGCCCAUACUCCAAUGGUUCCAAGUGCAUUCAAUAGGGAAUCACAGUCUCCAGGGCUUCCUAAUGAAGGUAAGGUUCAACAGCAAAUGAUGCUGCAGCAUAGUCCUCGUGAGUCUAUGAGUGGAGGUGAAUCAGAUCACCAAUCUGGGAAACUGGGACUCAAUUCGCUUUUGCGCAAGUUAUCUGGCAAGAAAUCACAGCAUCCACAUGGCUCGCCUUCAAGAAGCGGUGCUUCUUCACCACAUAAAGACGGCGCCAUGGACCCUGUUGCGUUCGCUCCAGACAGGGUAUCGCAAGAUUCGAACAAUAUGUCGCCACAGAGAAGUGGGAAAUCGGAUCCUUUGGUUCGUCGUGGUGUAAGUAUGAAGGUUACCGCCAAGGAGAAGUCCAGUGGAUCUCGUCUUAAUGUUGGCAAGGAGUCCAAGGAACGUGAUCCACCAAGACAGACUUUGGAUCCUAAUGCUUCGAACUACAGAGGCCAUUCGAGAACACCUUCUGCCAACCGUGGCUUUGUUCCUGCUGAAUACUUACCGCCAUUGCCUAACCUCAACACUCAGGAACUCAAUGCUGGCAAAGGCAACGAAGUCACCAUCAAGGCUGAAAAACCACGCACUUCAACUGAAGGCAAGAAGUUCCAUCCAACUGCUCGUGCUAAAUCUGUGGGUGGACAUAUCCGCAAAGAUGGUACUCUUCGUUCCGAUCAACAACAUCCAGCAUUGCCUAAUAACAUGGCUGCGCAGAACAGCGACGAAGGCAUCGAUAGAGACCACGAACGUAACGAUGCCAUGUUUGAUGAUGUUACUCUUGACGAUAAGGAGUAUCCACAUCUUCCUCAUAUGACAGAGCAGCAGAUUGUGGACCAGUUUGCUCAUGCCAGACGCAACAGCAUGCCUUCGAUUGAGUACCCAAAGACGUUGUUCUUGAAGGGAUUCUUCAGUGUUCAAACAACAUCCACGAAGCCGCUCCCAGUGAUUCGUUACAAUAUCCUCAAUGUAUUGACGAAGCUUGGCGUCAAGUUCCAGGAAGUCAAGGGAGGGUUCCUUUGUGUUCAUUCGGCUUCAAUAGCAUCCAAGCACACUGAAUCAGAAGACGAAACAAGCGCCAUUAUUGACGAAUACAGACUGGACGAUAAUAACGAAGAACGCAAGCUUUACGGUGACGCUUUCAGCCAAUCGUCCGAUUCAGUACAGAAGCAAGUUCCUCCUAGAACGAGAACGCCCGAGCCUCAGGAUGUCCAGACGCCAACGAUCCAGACUCCUCAGACCCGUACGCCUCUGAACACGUCCAGGCAACCAUCGAGACAGCCAUCCUUGCAUUUGAACACCAACAUGUUGUCUCCACCAUCGGGAGGAAAUAACUACAAGGGUCACCAAAAGUCGAAUUCUAUUGGCGGAGGCCACAGAAGAAAGUUCUCCAUCGGCCAAUCGAUUCUUGGCUCGUACAGAAAGAAGAACGGUUCCCAGACGUUGAUGCCUCCAAACACGCCAGCUGCAGCCAGAUUGAACAAGCUGCUUAUUGGAUCUGCCGACAUUGACUAUGACGACCUUGACGAAGAGACCCGUGCACAGUUGCAACAAUUCACUGACGAUGAUUCAGUUGACUCGUUGAACGGGCUUGCCCCUGGCGGAGGAAGCGAUAUGCUUGUGUCAUCCCGCAUUGAACAAAGGGCCAAACAUCAAAGGUCGCCAAGUGCAUCCAUGACGGUGGCAGAGGAAGAAGAAGAGGAGGGCCAAGGUGGCUCCAAGGUUCUGAGAAAGACGCCAUUGAAGUUUGAGAUCAAUAUCGUCAAGGUUCCACUUGUUGGGCUCUACGGUGUUCAGUUCAAGAAGACGCUUGGUAAUACCUGGACGUAUAAGACAUUGGCAUCGCAGAUCCUUGAAGAGUUGAACUUGUGA